AAUGGUCUGAAAGGAGUGACUCGGUGACUGCGGCGACUGUCCGCUCUCUGAACCAUGGGGGACAUUGCGGGCUUUCUGCUGGGCUUUCUGCUGUGCUGCUGCUGAGAGGCUCGGGGACAAUGGCGGAGAGGCUGGAGUGGGUGGAGAUCAUCGAGCCCCGCACUCGGGAGCGGAUGUAUGCUAACCUUCUGACGGGUGAGUGCGUGUGGGACCCUCCUCAGGGGGUCCGCAUCAAGCGCACUGGGGACAACCAAUGGUGGGAGCUGUUCGACCCAAACACGUCCCGCUUCUACUACUACAACGCCUCCAGCCAGCGCACUGUGUGGCACCGGCCGCAGGCCUGUGACAUCAUCCCCCUAGCCAAGCUACAGACCCUCAAGCAGCACACGGAUGCCUCCAGCCUCCCUCAGCCCGGAGACCAGCCCGGAGAGCAGCCGUCUGCCCACAACAGCCCAGGGAGGAACAGCGCCGUGAGCCAGGAGGGCAGCACCUCCUCCUCUGUAGACCAGGAGGGCUCUGACAAGCAAAGCUCCAGAGACGGGCCCGAAAAAGUUUCUCCUUUCAGGUGGAACACUGGCACAAAGGAGCGCAUGCUGAUCAAAGUGACAGACCGUGAGCCCAGCUUCUUGGCCCACCAGGACAAUGGCUACUCCUCCAGUGAACCCCCAUCCUCUGGAGCCCCAGGCCGGACACGUCGUUCCUCAGGGGGGAACUCCUCUGAGGCUGAUGGAUCCAUGGUCAUCUACUCGGACCGCCGCCAAUCUCCAUUUCUGAAGCGGGCAGAGCUGGGUGGGACUGGCACCAACCGCCGCUCCUCUGCAGACUCCCAGCCACCCUCUCCCCGCUAUGGCUAUGAGCCUCCUCUGUACGAAGAGCCACCCUCUGAGUACCAGCCCCCACCGAUCUAUGAGGAGCCUCCCUCAGACAUGCAGCUGUCUGACUCCUCCUCCCUGUACGGCUCCAAGUCCCCUGCCCGCAAAAGCCCCGUGCCCCUGUACCACUCCCCAAAGCAGUCCCCCUACGGUCAGCUGGUCCUGACCCGGCAGAAGUGUCCGGAGAAGGCCCAGAGUCUGGAGUACAGCCCCGUGGGGAAGGAGUACGUCAAACAGCUGGUGUACGUAGAACAGUCCACAUCCAGCCCGCGCUUUCGCACUGCAGACCGCCUACUCCGCUACGGCACGUCCGGAGGUUAUGGAGGCUCUUAUGGGGGCUCUUAUGGGGGCUCCUAUGGAGGCUCCUUCACUCUGCAGCACAGCCAGUCUUUGAUCAGGGAUCCGCGCCCGCUCCUGGACUACAGCGGGGAGGCCGGGGAUGCUCAGAAGCUCCUGUAUGAGGACUCCAUCUCAUGGUCCUCCAGCCAAACACACACCUUGUCCUCCUCUACCAUCGGCCCCGGGCCCUUUUCUCCAGGUGGGAACCGCAAACGCAAGAGUCGCAAGCCCUCCCUGCCCCAGGAGCUGGCACGCUGCGGCACAGAGGGAGAGGGGGCGUCUCCAUCAGAGGCCAUGCUGGCACAGGCUCGCCUUGCCUGGGAAGCUCAACAGGUGAUGAAGCAGAGGAGCAGCUGGGACUCAGGCCAGGCGGGGGGCUCUAAGGAUGGCUAUGAGAGUGACGGUGCUGUGCCUCUGCCCCUGCCUGGGCCUGUGGUCAGAGCCUUCAGUGAGGAUGAGGGCCUGGCUCAGACUGAACAGCACUGGAAGCGGAGCACCUUCGACCGGCUGGGCUUUCCCCAGGCUCUGCUAGAGAAGAGCCUCUCUGUCCAGACCAACCUGGCCUCUCCAGAGCCCUACCUCCAUCCAUCCCAGUCUGAAGACCUCGGAGCCUGUGCCCAGUUUGAGGCCAGUCGGAAUGCCAGGAACAUGAUGCCCAGUGCCAGCUGUGGGGUCUUUCCAGAGUUCUCUCUCAGAAAACCCUCCUCAGAGACAGACAUUGAGAACUGGGCCUCUAAGCACUUCAACAAACACACACAGGGUCUGUUCCGGAGGAAAGUGUCCAUAGCCAACAUGCUGGCCUGGAGCAGUGAGCCUAUCAAGAAGCCCAUGAUCGUGACAUCGGACCGCACUGUGAAGAAGGAGGCCGUGGAGAUCUUCAAACUCAUCCAGACCUUCAUGGGAGACCGGCGCUGCAAGGCCGACCCCCUCAGUGUGGCUCUGGAGGUGGUGGUGCGUGGCUGGAGUAACCAGGGUCUACGGGACGAGCUGUACAUCCAGCUGUGUCGUCAGACCACAGAGAACUUCCGCUAUGACAGCCUGGAGCGUGGCUGGGAGCUUAUGGCCAUCUGCCUGGCCUUCUUCCCCCCCACACCCCGCUUCCACAACUAUCUGGAGGGCUACAUCCAGAGGCACAUGGACCCGCUUAACGACAACAAGGGAGUGGCCAUUAGCAGCUAUGCCAAAUAUUGCUACAGGAAGCUGACCAAGGCUGCUCUGACUGGAGCCAAGAAGGGUCUCCAGAAGCCCUGUCUGGAUGAAAUCAGGCACGCUCAGAAGGCCAUUUUCAGCCCUUCCAUGUUCGGUUCGUCUCUGGAGGAAGUCAUGGCCCUACAGAAGGAGCGAUACCCUGAUCAUCAGCUCCCCUGGGUGCAGACCCGACUCUCAGAGGAGGUCCUGGGGCUCAACGGAGAUCAGACUGAGGGUAUCUUCAGAGUUCCUGGGGACAUCGAUGAGGUGAACGCUCUAAAGCUGCAAGUGGACCAAUGGAAGAUCCCCACAGGCCUGGAGGACCCUCACAUCCCAGCAUCUCUGCUGAAGCUGUGGUACCGCGAGCUGGAGGAGCCACUCAUCCCUCACGAGUUCUACGACGAGUGCAUCCGUCACUAUGACAACCCCGAAGCCGCAGUCACCGUGGUACUGGGCCUGCCACACAUCAACAAGCUGGUGCUGUGCUACCUCAUCCGCUUCCUCCAGGUGUUUGCGCAGCCUGCCAAUGUAACCAUCACCAAGAUGGACGUGAACAACCUGGCUAUGGUCAUGGCUCCCAAUUGUCUGCGCUGCCAGUCUGACGACCCCCGCAUCAUCUUUGAGAACACCCGCAAGGAGAUGUCCUUCAUCCGCCUGCUCAUCCAGCGGCUGGACACCAGUUUUAUGGAUGGCAUUCUAUAGCGCUCUCGCCCUCUCUGUCCCUCCCUGGUCCACGUUUGGACCUCUCUCUAGCCCCUUUGAUCCUCUCUCUAGCUUCUUUUGUCCUCUCCACCCCUUUUUAGUCAUCUAUCCAGCCCUUUUUGGUCCUCUUCACUGCCUUUUUGUCCUCACUCCGGCCCCUUUGGUCCUCCUGGUCCUCCCCACAGACCCUUUGGUCCUCCUGGUUCUCUCCACAGUCCUUUUGGCCUUCUCUCCGGCCCCUUUGGUCCUCCUGGUCCCUGAGCUUCCUUCUACAGCCUCUGCCUCAGCUCAGACUCUGCCUGUGUGCACUUCCACGCAGUAAAUGGAUGCAUUCUGUCAGUCUCUCACAGUGCGUUUCUGUCCUUUUCUGUCUAAUACUGAUACAAGCAGGGACACGAUGUCACCCUUAGUCGCUCACACUUCGUCACCUAUGGCUUUUGUACAAGGGUACACACGAUCAGGGCUCCUCCCACAUGCACACUGAAAAGGAUCGUGUCAGUUUUUUAUUACGAUGUGCUUGAUUGAACAGCUAAUUUAUAAAACCCUUUUACAGACAUGCCCCCUCCACCAACAUCACACACAAGUUCUGUUCACUGCCAGCACUUACUGUCCAGGAUGGGCACCACAAUGACAGCUGAGGAUCUCUUACCUGCUCUUACGUUGUUCAUGUUUAGUGCCUGCGCAGAGUGCGUGCAGGUCAAACCCCCUCCCUGAACACACGAACACACGAACACACGAACACACGAACACACGAACACACGAACACACGAACACACGAACACACGAACACACGAACACACGAACACACGAACACACGAACACACGAACACACGAACACACGAACAAGACUGAAUGUCCAAUGAAGCCGUCCCUUUUCACUCUUAACAUACGGCCCCCAGUCUUUGAUACCUUUGGUAAGCGGCACUCGUUGCUCUUUGGAAGUAUUCUUUUUAUGAGACUUUAUUUAUUAUUAAUAUUUAUUUCCUGUCAGUAAUGCCUUGUUGAGAUAUGUAUCGUAGUGUGCGUUUUUACAGCACAUAUAUUGUGUACAAAGGCAUGGAUGAGUGCGUGCCUGAGUCUACUGAAAAUAAAUGGUUGAAUGUGUUAUUGGUGCAAUGAUGGUACACUAACAUGGACAGAGGACGAAGGGCCCUCCUAGAAGCCCUCAGCUCAUCCGUGGAAAGCCCCUGUGUGGGGCUGUGGUUCCUGGGAGCAUGUGUCUUGUACUGUUUCUGUGACUCGUUAAAAUUACUGUGAACGGUGCAUCUAACACCCUUUAUCACCACACGUGUCCCUCACAGCUCUGCCUUCGCUCUCUGACUUUUGAAGAAGAUACCCACAGGUCUUCGAGCCGCCCGGGACUCUCGUGGGUGGACAUUUUCUGCUUUGUUUUCUAUCGUGAUGUUGUGGCGUGUAAACCAACCUGUCCUUGGAACUGUCUCCGGGCUUCAAGAGCCUGGCGACCAUUAAGUCUAUUCGGAAAUGUGAGAAAGGAAUCCUGUUUAUAAUGUCACUUUCCAUGUAUGCCAUAGAAGCAAAUGUUGAUACUGCCAUCGCAUUUUUACACGUGGUCAUGCAGCUCAUAUACUUUGUAUGCUAUAGGUCCUGGGGUCUCAUUUAUGAAGCGUGCGUACGUACAGAAAUGUUAUGUAUGUGAUUUUUAUUGUCUUAAACAUGAAAAACAGAACUAAUUCAUUCUAAAUGGUUUGCAGUGGUCCAAAGUUAUUCCUCACUUACUUUAUGCAUUCUGAGCACCCCAAGUAUUCACCGUGAUGAGUUUUCAGAGACCAGACAGUAAGGCUAACAACAACCAGCAUGCUAACUGAGCACAUCCUGAUUAAUGGACAAUAAAACGCUUUAUAAUUAAUAUGCAGACAGGACACAUUUUGACCUUAAUAGCUGUGCAAAUAUGUGGAAAAUAAAUCUGGUAUAGGCCCUUUAAGUUUAAAAAAUGUAUAAAAUAAAAAUAAAAACACUACUUAGAAAUGUGCUGUCCAGUGCUCAGAAAAACUAGAUUCUCCCUUGUGCAAGUUUGAGGACGUUUGUGUUUUGACAGUACACAACCUUUAGUAAAAGUUUUAUAAAUGAGACUUCAGAUGUGUCUAGAGCUUGUCGGGUGUUCCAUAAAAGUAAUUGAGCACAAAGUGAACACACAUUUCGGCACUAAAAAUGGAAAUUUAAAACACUAGUGUUUGGUGCCUCUUAAGUGUCCAGGUAAUGACUUCUUGUAGAAUACAAG